GGCGGCCGCGGCCGGCCGGGCGGGGGCGGGCGCGGCGGGAGCCCCGGCCGGCCCGCGGGCCGCCUUGCAGCAGUGCGGGCAGCUGCAGAGCCUCAUCGACAUCUCGCUGUCCAGCCUGCGCGGCCUCCGCACCAAGUGCGCCGCCUCCAACGACCUCACCCAGCAGGAGAUCCGGACCCUGGAGGUGAAACUGGUCCGGUACAUCAACAGACAGCGGCAGUGUAAGCUGAGCGUCCCCCUGAAUGACCGGACAGUGGAGCUCAACAGCUACCCAAGAUUCAAUGACUGGUUAGACCUCGUCAAUGUAAAGAAAGAAGUUGUACAGAGAAUCCCAGAGGAGCUAACCCUAGAUGUCUUACUGGAUAUGAAUGAGUCCAAGGUGAAAGAAACCAUGAAGAAAUGUGGGGCCAGUGAUGAGGAGUGUUCCAGACUCAAUGGGGCUCUCACCUGUUUAAGGAAGGUGACCGAAUCAGGUGGGGAGUUAAAAGAAGAUCUGUUGUGGAAUCCUUCUGAUGCGCGCCAAGAGAGCAGCUCUGCACACCCUGCAGAACCCUCCUGUCUGCCAGGACCCACAUGGACUCAUGGCAUACUGCAUCUUUCAAAGGGCAACAGCCAGCAGGUGCGCUCUGUUUCCGUGUCUGCUCUACCUUCUUCGGAUUCUCUUGCCUUGAGCCAAGGACCAUCUAGCUAUUCAGACCACUUCCUGGAACCGUUAGCCUUCCCCACCCACAGUGGUCGAGUAGUAUUUAGGACUCCUCACACCAUCACCAUCACACCGCCGACGACACCUCAGUUAAAGAGGCGGCACAAAUUGAAACCUCCACGGACUCCGCCUCCGCCUUGCCGGAAGGUCUUUCAGCUGCUACCAAACUUUCCAACGCUCACAAGAAGCAAGUCCCAUGAAUCACAGCUGGGCAACAGGAUAGAUGAAGUUCCUCCUCUAAAGUUUGAUUUCCCCCAGGGAUCCCCUCAGAUGGUACGAAGAGACAUUGGCAUAUCCGUAACACACAGAUUCUCUACAAAAUCUUGGUUAUCUCAGAUGUGCCACGUGUGUCAGAAAAGCAUGAUGUUUGGUGUGAAGUGUAAGCACUGCAGAUUAAAGUGUCAUAACAAAUGUACUAAAGAGGCCCCUGCUUGCAGAAUAUCUUUCCUUCCCAUAGCAAAAAUAAGAAGGACGGAGUCUGUCCCUUCUGAUAUUAAUAACCCUGUGGAUAGACCUGCAGAGCCGCAGUUUGGAACCCUUCCAAAAGCACUAACGAAAAAGGAUCACCCACCAGCAAUAAACCAUCUAGACUCCAGCAGUAACCCAUCUUCUACAACCUCUUCCACGCCGUCUUCUCCAGCACCUUUCCAAUCUUCCAAUCCUCCCAGCGCAACGCCUCCCCCAAAUCCCUCCCCCAUGGGCCAGCGGGACUGUCGGUUUCACUUUCCAGCUGCCUACUACAUUCAGCAUAGACAACAGUUUAUCUUCCCAGAAAUUCCCAGCCCCCCACAAGUAAUACAGCCACCUGAAACAGCUGAAGACACUAAUGCUGAUGAACAGCUGGACACAGAGGGGGUUGAAGAGCCUGAUGCAGAGGUCGAAGAACAAGAGACAAAUAAAUCGGAACCGGAGGAUGAUGAGGACGAGUUAGAUGACUUGCCCAGCAAGCGGCCACACUGGAAAGGGGUGAUCUCUCGCAAGGCCAGCCAGACCAGCGUUUACCUGCAGGAGUGGGAUAUUCCCUUUGAACAGAUUGAGCUGGGGGAACCCAUUGGCCAAGGGCGAUGGGGGAAGGUUUACAGGGGGAAAUGGCACGGAGAGGUGGCAAUCAGGCUGUUGGAGAUCGAUGGGAACAAUCAGGACCAUCUCAAGCUCUUUAAGAAGGAGGUGAUGAAUUACAGGCAGACCCGACAUGAGAACGUGGUGCUCUUCAUGGGGGCGUGCAUGCACCCCCCUCAUUUAGCCAUUAUUACCAGCUUUUGCAAAGGAAGGACGCUUCACUCAUUUGUAAGGGAUCCCAAGGUAUCUUUGGAUAUUAACAAAACCAGGCAGAUAGCUCAAGAAAUCCUUAAGGGCAUGGGGUAUCUUCAUGCAAAGGGGAUUGUGCAUAAAGAUUUGAAGUCCAAGAAUGUCUUCUAUGACAAUGGCAAAGUGGUGAUCACAGACUUUGGACUAUUCGGUAUUUCGGGUGUGGUUCAGGAGGGAAGGCGUGAAAAUGAACUGAAGCUGCCCCAUGACUGGCUGUGCUAUCUGGCCCCUGAAAUCGUUCGUGAGAUGUCUCCUGGGAAAGACGAAGACAAGCUGCCCUUCUCUAAAGCUGCAGACGUCUAUGCUUUCGGGACUGUUUGGUAUGAGCUCCAAGCAAGAGAAUGGCCUUUCAAGAGCCAGCCAGCUGAAGCACUCAUCUGGCAGAUCGGAAGCGGAGAAGGAGUGAAGCAUGUCCUUGCUACAGUUAGUGUAGGGAAAGAAGUCAGUGAAAUCCUCUCAGCAUGUUGGUCUUUCGACCUCAGUGAGAGACCCAGCUUUACUCUUCUCGUGGAUAUGCUUGAAAAACUGCCAAAACUGAACCGACGGCUGUCGCAUCCCGGACACUUCUGGAAAUCUGCAGACAUUAACAGUAGCAAAGUUGUCCUCCGUUUUGAAAGAUUUGGCUUGGGAAUCCUGGAAUCAAGUAAUCAAAAGAUAUAGCAUGGUGUGUAAUUAUCUUGUUGAUAUUGUUGUCUACCUGCUUACACAAAACAUCAGAAACCUUCACGGGAUCUUCCGAACUAUGAAACUGGUGCAGCCCUACCUGAAAGCCACAUGACCCCUCCGUUCAAACUGUCGUAUGUUGUUCAAACUGUCGUAUGUUGUCUGAGUUCUGCCUAAACACCAGCAAUUAUUUAAAAAAAUGUUUACGUCAUAUGUUUCUCUAUGUGAACUAUAUUUUUUUAACUGAUGAUGAUAAUAAUAAUAAAGGUGAUUUAAGAUUUUUUUCUUUAAGUGCAAACAUUCAAAUGGCACUGAAAAGAACUGCUCCCCCAGUUCUUUGUUGUAUCUGUGGAGUAACUAAGGGCUAAUUUCUGCACUGCAAAUCAUGCACAGUUUCCACUGAAGCUAAUAGAGGUUGCACAUGUGUCCGAGAACCGCUAGAUUUAAAUCACUAAUGCAGCCAGUUCAAGUGAGAAGGAAUGGAGUUAUGGCCCCAUUGUGUCUCCAUAAGGAAACUCCUAAAAGAACUUUAGAUUUUUAUUAUGUUGAAAGGAAAUGCAUGUAUUGUGUCAUGGUUUGGGCAAACUAAUAAACUCUUGAUUACUGAUCUUCUCUGGAAACUUUGUCCAAGCUUGGGCUGGUUCUGAUCUCAGUUACACUGGUGCAAAUCUGGAAUACCUCCACAGUGAUGUUAACUCAGAGUCCAGAUUUACACUGAGAUCAGAAUCCUGGCCUUUUGUCUUGACUAUUGAUUAGAGUGGAACCCUUUUCUAGUAUGGUUCAUUUAUUCAUAGAAUAGCAGAGGGUGGGAUUUAAAACAAACAAACAAACAAAAAAAACCCUGAGGGGAGCGGGAGCAUCAUAAUCUCAUUGGCUUUCAGUGAGAACUGGGCACCUUAAUCCUUUUAAGGGUUUGUUUAAUCUCAUCUUUAACUUUUACAGAUUCAUGGUAAUCAGACUUGCCACCUGCAUAUUGCAGCACUACUUAUUUGGGACUUAAAUUCUUCUCUAUUGUAAAUGGAGUUUCACUGUAAGCAGGUUCCACAAUAAUUGAAUAAUGGGUGCUAGGAUCCUGUCCAUGCCAGCUGCAUUUGAGACCAUAUAGUCCACAUUCAGGACCAGCUUCUGCGCUCGCUUACAGUGGUGUCCGUGGAGUUACACAGCUGUAAAAUGAGUGUAAAGGAAAUGAGAGCUGGAUUUGUACUAUUUACUAAAACUGUGCUGGUGGUGGGAAUACACAUGGCUAUAUAUAUAUAUCUCAUUGGAGUGGAUUCAGUUUAAAAAAAUUACCUACUUCCUACAGUGAGAUCCCAAAAAGAUCAAAUAAUGAUUCCCCCUAACUCCCCGCCCAGACUUAGUGUUUCUCCAGUACAGAAACUGGGUUAUGGUUUUAAUUGGCUUUGGCCCUUUAUUGGCACCACUGACGUUUUAACAAUGCAAAACAACAUGGCUUUUAGUGGAAAAGAGAAACUGUCUUCAAAGGACCCUCCUAGGUUAGGCAAAUAAGCAGUAACCGUAGAUGGCCUGAUUUUCAAAGUGGCUGAGCCCCUGCGGAGCCUGUUGACUUCCCUGGGAGCUACCUCUGAAAAUCAGGCCCAGGAUGCCUCGUGUCUCAGGGUGAACAGAACGCUUCGUUUCCUGGUGUGCUCUUCCUGCAGAGUUCAGUUACGCUGCUUUGCCCAAGUGAGACUUCUGAACAGCCUGUUUAGUUCAUCCUCCUUACUAAAUCCUCCGCAUAAGAACAAAAGAGAGUGACAUGCACACAAACAGGAGAGAUUAUUUUAGAUGUGUCCUUGUACUACUCUCUAGAUCAAACCAGAACUUGAGGUCGUCCCCCCCGCCAAUACAGUAGACAGGUAUAUAUAUUACAGCCCAUGAAAAGAUGGGAGUUGCCUUACCAAGUGGGGGGACAGUGCUAACGAGGCCAAUUCAAUCAAGGUAGAAGUGGCCUAUUCCCAAAAGUUGACAAGAAGGGGUGAAUAGAUAUACCUGCCUCCUGUAUUUUUCACUCCAUGCAUCUGAUGAAGUGGGUUUUAGCCCACAAAAGCUUAUGCCCAAUAAAUGUGUUAGUCUCUAAGGUGCCACAAGGAUUCCUCGUCGUUUUUGCUUGAUACAAAUUUACACAGCUACCCCUCUGAAACCUGUCCCCAAACUAGAACGAUUUCUGCUGACACAGCACUGAGUUCUGGAAACGCCUCCCCCCAUCGCUCUUUCCAGCCGCUAACCACAUAGUAUCACUUUUUAGCGUGAAACUUCUUUCCAGUGGAGGUGGCAAAAGAACUCUUUAAAAGCUUCAUUUCACUUUUGAAACUGUAAGCUUAUUGUGCAAAAGUUGCAAGGAAAAUUUUAGCUGCCUUGCCUUAUUCAUCACCAGUGACUAUGCUGGGAUGCAGGACUUGAUUGUCAUGCUUUUAUUCUGAAAAGAAAUCAGGCCUGAAGCAUUUAUGUUUGGUGUAAAAACUAAGGCUGACAGGGAUCUUACAGUGAGGAAGGAAGUCCCAUCUUGGGCCAUCUGACUUGAGCCAUGUCUCAUGUUUUGUCUUGUGUGUUAAAGGUUGAUUUUUGAGGUAAAAACUCGGCACUUUUUGCAUAGAAACAAAGGGGCCACGUUCUGGUUAGUGCAAGUGACUAGUGGAAUCAUCCCACCCAAAUGCACAGGCAUAUGAGCUACAAAAGCUACGUUAAUGUGCAGCUGUAUGCUGGCUUUAGGCAGCCUUGCAUGUACAAUACUCUGGGCUGCCCCCCUGUUCAAGGGGCUGUGCGCAGGUGCCAUUGCCAAAUUGGGAGUCACGUGCAUAGAAACCUUGUAAGCCAGGCCCCCUGGGCUGCCUCUCCAUGCCUCCUAAUAAGACUGUGUUUUUACGUAGUGCAGAUCUCAAAGCACAAAGAUGAGUAAGAUCUGUUCUCAUUUUAUAGGUGGGGAAACAGAGGGCUUGUAGAGCAGCCGAGAAAAGGUAUGUUCUGAUCCUGAGGUAAAAUCCUAGUGAAUAGCAGGCAGUUAGUUGUUUUUUUUCCACAAGCUAUCAGGUCAAGUUAGACUGUUUUUUAACUCCACCUGCUAAAAACUGCAAAUUGUGUUGUCUUCUCUAGGUUUUUACCUCUAGAUAAGUAAUGCACAUCUACUACCUCGCUUUGUGAAGACCAGGCCCAUGCAUCUUCCAGCCUCCCGGAAUGGGAACUAUGGCCAAGAUCCUCCCAGGUAUUUAGGUGCCUAAUUCCUAUUGGCUUCAAUGGGUGAUAAGUGCUGAAAUACCUGGCACAAUCUGGGCCUAUGAUCCCAUUUCUGGCUGAAGGUUUUCCAGGAGGCUUCUCUGUGCUGUCUCUGCCAGAAUUAAAUCUUCAGGCCAGAUCCUGCAAACAGAUGUUAGUCUGGACCCUUCAGGCUGUGGGGAGCCCCCCUGAAGCCAUGAGUGGAGUGCAAGGGUCUGCAAACAGUACAUCAGUUUGAAGGCUCUGGACCUUAAUUUUUAAUAUCAGUAAUUCCCUUUUCUAUUGUACUCUUGCCUUUUAAAAUUUCUGUCUAACGUUAUUAUAGCAGACCGCUUUUCUGAGUUAAUAUGGUAAGAUGCUUCAUCAUUUGCCUUGGGCAUCAGAUUUAGAUUUAAAUAUUUUGUUGCUAAAAAUAAUGAGAAGGUGCCCAGCCUUUCAGAAAGGGGCAGUGGAAGCAGAGGAACUCUAGGGGUAGAGAUGCACUGGGUGGAAAGAAUGCCAAGUGUAGGAAAAGAGACUGGCACUGUGCGUUUUAGGUGUAUACAUAAAAUACCUGUGCUCCCAGGUAACACUAAGCAAGUGGGCAAAUGCUUUAGCUAAAAUAAAGGUCUUGUUUUGCUGGAUGGUGUAGCAGAUAGAUGCAGAUACAAUGGUUUUGUCCAAUCAGGCGCUCCCCUCCAUCCCAUUUUAUAUAUAUAUAGCAGGUGUGAUAUCACAUGCACAUUCCAGGCACAGCAAACUGGGAGAGAGCUGCUGGUACUGGUCCAUGACUUCUGCUAUAAAACUGUCUGGUGUUGGCACUUAAGGGAAAUACAAUCCCUUGGGGAAAAAUCCUAGUCCCACUGAAGUACAGGUGGUUUGCUAGUGACUUCAGUGGGGCUAGGAUUAGACACUUAAAUUAAAAAAAUACUUGCGGCAGUUCUAUUUCAGACAUUUCCCCCAUCCCCAUGCACAUUACGGCAUGCAGACAAAAUGGGGCCGGGGAAGUGCUUUGAAAUUUUAGUUCAUGUUUUCAAAUUCAGGGGUGGGGGUCGCAGCUGAUUUCUUUAGGACAUGCAAAAAUAUAGCCAUGCUUCUAGAGGCCACUUAUGAAAAUCUGGCCCCCAAUUUUUUCACAGAGCGAACAAGAUGGAAGAAAGGAUUCCUAACUUCCAUGUUCCAGACAAUGUCAUAACAAGUAGAUGCUAAGUCAACACAUGCUCAGUCUCUAACAAAUACUGUGUUCAAAUGUUUAUAAUGUGUGUGUCGAAUGUAAAGCUGGUUUGUGUGGUAGUUACUGAUCCCACCGUAGCUUUAUUUAAUUAAAUGAAUAAAACCCCUUGAGUGUAACUGUAUUUGUAGCAAGCUAUAUACACCAUAUGGUUUUGCUAAUGAAAAAAAUACUAAUAUUUGCUCGUCUCUCCAAAGCUGAAGACUGAAUUGUGCCAUCAGUAAUAAGCAGAAUUCAGUUUCAUUAGAAGAUUUUGCUUAAAUAUUGAUGGCACAAUAUGUGCCUAAAUGAAGGGGGAAAUUAGUCUUCAGCGUGUCUCUAAAAACAGAUGUUAAGACUUAUUAGACAAAACCUCCAUUAGCUUCAGAAAGUGUUUUUUGGCUAAGUAAAGAUCUUGUGAUUCAAAAUUGUUCCAUUGUAUACUUUUAGUCCUUGAGUUCUGAAUUAUUAGUCCUUCAUGUAACUGAAGAACUUGACUCUGGUUUGAAUAUGUGGCACUGGAAACAGCCUUGAUGUACUCAUAGCAAUUAGUUUCUGCAAGUUGUGUGGGUAAAACAGGACCCUACAGCUGGUGGUCCCAAACCUUUGGUGAGGCACAUCUUGGUAAGGUGAUGGUCUUCAAUGCUCAUCCCCUCCUAUUUCCCAUAUCAUAGACCACUGACUUCUUAUAGUUGUGUUAACCAUUCUCCCUCCCAUUCAUUAGCAGCUAGCCUUCCUGUGGCAACAUGCAAAAGUAAUGGGAAAGUGCUGCAUUCUUAACUGUCCUUUAAUAAAAUUAUCAGCUCGGAGAGCCAGCACCAUCUGACUAGCCAGUUCUCUGUCUAGUACAGUUUGAGAUCCACUACCCAAAAGUUAUUUGCACAUUUUAGAAAUAUUAUUCACAGAAACACAGGGCUAUGUUGCCCAUCCCUUUUUACGUAGAACUCCCAGACACAUUUCAAUGGGAAUGGCACAAUAGUCCCAAUAUAUAGGGCUCUUUAUAUCCCAACACAGGUUAGGGACAGAUUCUGAUACCCUUACCCACAUCGAGUGGCACUUUACUGUGCCUAUGCUAUGUUGAGAACUGCUCGGUGGUCCUGAUCUUCAGCAGGCGUGUGUGACGCUGAUUUACGCUAGUUGAAGACCUAGUCUGAUGGGAGUUAAGGUAUUCGAAUCCUGCACUUGUUCUCUUAACGGUCUAAUAUCUUGGAUCUAACAUUGUUUUUUUAUUUUAAAGAAGAGCUUACAAGAGCCUGGGCUGUGAAUGGUGUCUUUGGGUCUGAUUGCUGGUGAAAAUGGGAAGUAACUCAACUGAUGUGAAAUGGUGUGAAAAGCACCAGGCCCAUUUAUUCCUUAACACGUGUUGCUAACUGAACUGGCUCUUUAUGCUGCAUUGUUUUAUGAUCGUUUGUACUAUUUCUUCUUGUGGUGAUGUUACGUAAGGGAAUGACCAGCACUGUAAGCCUGUAUCGUUUUAGCCUUGUAAAUGUGAAGCUUGCUGUACAAGACUGCUACAAUAGCCACGACUUCCGUAGUGUAUGUAAAUGGAGUCUGUAAUACGGUGAAAAUUGACAUUUUCUUUUCAAAUGUGAUGUAAACUUUGUACAGUAAAUUUUUUUUAUAUUUUCUAUCAACUGAGUUUGUCUUCCAGAAUUGUUAUUAAUUUAAUUAAAAUUGUUAGUAUUAACAAAGGGUUAGUUUAUGCAACUGGCAAAAAAAAAAAAAAAAUUGCACUCUACGCUAAUGAAAUUCUGGAUAUUUAGGAUUCUUUUCUGUGAAUAAAUCUCUGCUCUGGAUAAAACAAAAGUCA